AUGGCUUCUCUCAAGCAAUUUAUUCGCAAUGUCCGAUCAGCCAAGACUAUUGCCGAUGAGCGAGCUGUGAUUCAGAAAGAAAGUGCUGCCAUUCGUGCAUCAUUUCGAGAAGAGAGCCAUGACUCUAAUAUCCGGAGGAACAAUGUGGCCAAAUUACUCUAUCUCUUCACCCUGGGUGAGCGAACUCACUUUGGUCAGAUCGAAUGUUUGAAGUUACUCGCGUCGCACCGGUUCGCCGACAAACGGCUAGGUUACCUGGGUACAAUGUUAUUGCUGGACGAGAAUCAGGAGGUGUUGACUCUGGUCACCAAUUCCUUGAAGAAUGAUCUAAAUCAUUCCAAUCAAUACAUCGUCGGUCUAGCACUUUGCGCUCUCGGAAACAUUGCCUCCGUCGAAAUGUCUCGUGACCUAUUUCCCGAAGUCGAAGCUCUUAUGUCUACCGCCAAUCCCUAUAUUCGCCGGAAAGCGGCAAUUUGCGCAAUGCGAAUCUGCCGCAAGGUGCCCGACUUGCACGAGCACUUCCUCGAGAAGGCCAAAACAUUGCUGGGAGACCGAAACCAUGGCGUCUUGCUCUGCGGCUUGACAUUCGCAACGGAUUUGUGCGAGGCGGAGGAGGACGAGGAGGAGGAGGGCCCCGAAGGUGUGAUUGAGCUUUUCCGACCUCUUGCCGGAGGUCUGGUUCGCGCUUUGAAGGGUCUGACUACAUCGGGCUAUGCCCCAGAACAUGAUGUGUCUGGAAUUACGGACCCUUUCCUCCAGGUGAAGAUCCUCCGAUUCCUACGAGUAUUGGGUCGCGGUGAUGCUGCUACCAGUGAAUCCAUUAAUGAUAUCCUGGCUCAAGUGGCUACCAACACCGAUUCGUCGAAGAACGUGGGAAAUGCCAUCUUGUACGAGGCUGUGCUCACUAUCCUGGAUAUUGAGGCUGAUUCUGGACUGCGAGUCCUGGGCGUCAAUAUCCUUGGUAAAUUCUUGUCCAACAAGGACAACAACAUCCGCUAUGUUGCAUUGAACACGUUGAACAAGGUUGUGGCUAUUGAACCCAACGCGGUCCAAAGACAUCGUAACACAAUCUUGGAAUGUCUGCGGGAUCCCGAUAUCAGCAUUCGCCGGCGAGCGCUCGAUCUCAGCUUCCUGUUGAUCAAUGAGGAUAACGUGCGGGUGCUCGUUCGAGAACUACUGGCCUUCCUCGAGGUCGCAGACAACGAAUUCAAGCCAGUGAUGACCACUCAGAUUGGCAUCGCUGCGGAUCGAUUCGCCCCGAACAAGCGAUGGCAUAUGGAUACUAUUCUUAGGGUUCUCAAGCUGGCUGGGAACUACGUGAAGGAACAAAUUCUGUCUUCAUUCGUUCGUUUGAUCGCAACCACUUCAGAAUUGCAGACCUACGCUGUUCAGAAGCUGUACUCUUCCCUGAAAGAGGAUAUCUCACAGGAGGGUCUGACUUUGGCCGCAACCUGGACGAUUGGUGAAUACGCUGAUAGCCUGCUGCAAGGUGGUCAAUACGAGGAGGAGGAACUAGUCAAGGAUGUUCGGGAGAGCGACAUUGUCGAUUUGUUCACCAACAUCCUCAACAGCACCUAUGCAACUCAGAUCGUUGUCGAGUACAUUACUACUGCCUCCAUGAAGUUGACAGUGCGUAUGUCUGAACCAGCUCAGAUUGAGCGCUUACGUCUUUUCCUCACUAGCCGAACGGCCGACUUGAGCGUCGAAAUCCAGCAGCGUGCGGUUGAAUACACCAACCUCUUUGGAUAUGAUCAAAUCCGCCGUGGUGUUCUGGAGCGGAUGCCCCCACCUGAGAUUCGGGAGGAGCAGCGUGUUCUCGGUGCCCCCGCCAAGAAGCGUCAAAGCAAGAUCCUUCGCAGCAAGCCCACCAAGGUAUCCAAGCCUGCUGAGCACGAUUUGCUUCUUGACCUGGUCGGUGGCUCCGACGCACCUGUGACUAGCCCAUCCUCAACUGGAGGAAACACCGCCGAUCUGCUGGCAGAUAUCCUUGGUGGUGAUUCAGGCUUGUCAUCUCCCGCUCCCACUCCUGCCCAGAAUGCCACGAGCAGCCACAGUUCUAUCAUGGACAUGUUUGGCUCAAAUGGUGCCUCUCCAUCUCCUCAACCCACCCAGCAGCCAUCCUCAGCUUCGAUGGAUCUUCUAGGUGGUGGCAUGAGAGCAUCCGCGCCCUCGCCAUCCGCCUCACCAGCACCUGCCGCUGCCUCAGCUCCCGCCCAUACAGUUUUCAACAAGAACGGUCUUGUGCUUUCGCUGCAGGUUCAACGGAGUGGUGUCAAUGCCCAGAUCCUGGCUCGAUUCCGUAACGAAUCUAACUUUGACACUUUCAAAAAUGUUGGUUUGCAAGCCGCCGUGCCAAAAAGCCAGCGUCUUCAACUCAGUGCCAUCAGCAAGGCCGACCUCGAGGCCGGCGAAGAUGGCACCCAAACAAUGCGUAUCACAGCGCUGAAUGGGGCUCUGCCACCUAAACUCCGCUUGCGUCUUCGUGUCACCUCUGCACAAGAUACAGCAGACCCAGUCACUGAUCAGGUUGACUGGUCCGAACCUUGA